GAAAAUGUCUAGAAUGUCAUCAUUCACACCACGCUCUUGUCACGACCCUUUCAGGUAUGGCCCAAGUUACUUCUACAGGUGUGACAGGAGGGGCUAGGAAGCCGUUAGCUCUGUCAUCACCCGGACCCACAAAUCUUUUGUUGGAGCAACACGCCAAGUUUGUGGUUAAAUAUAGUGAAAACAAAGAUGAUUACGAAUUUGUGAUGUCAGAAUUUCUUCGAAUCAAUGGGGUGUACUGGAGUUUGACUGCUUUAGACUUAAUGUAUGCCAAAGAGGAAUUGCACAAAGAGGAGAUCAUGUCAUUUGUUUUGCAAUGCUACGACUCUGAAUCUGGGGGAUUUUCUCCCGCUCACCGACAUGACCCCCAUAUCUUAUACACCCUCAGUGCUAUUCAAGUAGCUGCCACAUUCGACGCAAUGGAUCGCUUGGACCAAGAAAGUGUGGUGCGCUACAUACAAAAGCUUCAAAAUAAAGAUGGAAGCUUUUCUGGAGAUAUAAUGGGCGAAGUUGACAACAGAUUCUCUUUCUGCGCUGUCUCUUGCUUAGCUUUGCUCAAACGGUUAGAUGCCAUUGAUGUGGAUAAUGCCGUAAACUAUAUCUGCUCAUGUCUGAACUUUGAUGGAGGAUUUGGAAGUCAAGCGGGAAGCGAGAGUCACGCCGGAUUGAUAUUUUGUUGUAUUGGGGUUUUGUCAAUCACCCAACAACUGCAUCGGAUAGAUGCUGAUAUCAUUGGUCACUGGCUCUGCCAAAGACAAUUACCUUGCGGAGGUCUGAAUGGUCGACCGGAGAAACUACCGGAUGUGUGCUACAGUUGGUGGGUCCUUUCUUCAUUGGCCAUGAUUGGUAGGCUGCAUUGGAUUGACUCCAAAGACAUCAGUCAAUUUAUCUUGGCUAGUCAAGAUGAGGAGACCGGGGGUAUCUCGGAUCGUCCUGGUGAUCUACCGGAUCCUUUCCACACCCUUUUUGGCCUAGCUGGAAUUUCUCUCUUAGGAAAUACCAAGCUAAAAACGGUCAAUCCUGUAUUUUGCAUGGCCCAAGAGGUUUUGGAUAGAAUGGGAAUCAAACCGCAACUCCUAGAAACAUGAUCCAAUGUGUGUUUGUUCACUCAAAGAUUGUUAAUGAUGCCAAAAUAUACUAGCUAUCAAAAUAUCA